UAGUUAGGAAUAAAAGGACGGCAGGGAAACCGUAUUAAAGAAACUUAGCACCAUGCCAAGGAGUGGUGGAAAUUGUAGAGAGAAAGCUUACUAGCACCCCAACUUUACCUUUGUAGAAGCAUUCCCAUAUUCUCCCCAUUAGCACGCAAACAAUAACCAAUACAUUUUUGUCAUUCACAUAACAACAUCUAACUUGGAAAUAUUUUCUCCUAUCAUUUCUCAAUCAUACAAUAUAAACUAACUAAUUAAGCGUCAACUUUCCCUCUACAUACAUAGUACAUACAUACAUACAUACAUCCCCUUCCUUUGAAUUUUGAUCAGUGAUCACCAUCAUAUUCAUGUCACCCGAUAUAACCACCAACGAUCUCCGCAACCGUGGCUCGUCAUCGAGCCGAAACCUUCGUUUGUCUCGUAAGAUAUCGCCUACAUCUUCGCCGUCGCCUCGGGAUUCGCCCAAGAAAUUAAAACAGCUGAGGCAGUCACCUAAGCCUGUACAAGUCAUGAACAAAUGUUACUCCGAGCCUCUUAUUUUUCAGCCGAUCGGUGAUGGUGAUAGCCUCGUCGGAGGUUGCCGGAGUUUUGAUUCCGGCGAAGGUGGGUGGUUAACACGGUUUCAUACGUUGGAUGAUGUUUUGUUGGGUACUUCUCAACUUGUUGACUCUCCUCUUAGUCGAAUUAAUGUGGGGUAUGAGAAAGAUGCAAAAGUGGUGAUUACAGUGACUGUGGAAGGGAGUCCAGGACCAAUAAGGACCCUGGUUAAAUUAGGGACAAGUGUGGAGGAAACAAUCAAGUUAGUCGUUCGAAAAUACGGAGAAGAAGGUCGAACUCCUUACCUUGACAAGGAAGCUUCUUCUUUUGAUUUGCAUGUUUCCUACUUCAGCCUUCAAAGUUUGGACAGAACAGAUGCAAUUGGAGAUGCAGGAAGUAGAAGUUUUUAUCUUCGAAAAAGCGAGAAAAUGUGCCAUGACAGAAAUAGUGCAGAAGCUACAACUACUAGUCUUGAUACUUCAGAAAUUCAGCAUGACGAUGUGCCUAGAAGCAUGCUUUCUCCGUCUAAACAACUAAGGCCACCUAUCGCGGUUUUGCCUCCUUUUAUUGCAGGAAAAAUGAACAAAUUUGAGCGAAGAUUGCUAAGGGUGCUUAAAGUAUUGGGCUGCCUAGAUUCUAGAUAACCAAAACUUACCUUAACAAGUUAUAAAAAUCAUAAGAUGUAAUAUAUUUCCCGCAUAUUAGUAGGGAGUUUACAGGUUAUGGAUAAUGAAGAGAUUCUGCUUCUAUUGAUCAGUAUAAUUAAUGCUGGAGUCUUUAACAUUUUUCGGCGUGGUCAUUCAUUUGUAUGCAAGGAAAACAAAUGGAGCAACUGCAAAAGCAUUUUAUCAGAUGGUGCUAAAAAUCAAGAGGUUUGUGACUGCUGCUCAUCAUUGAUUGGAAUAUUUUGUGCUGCAGAUUAUUGGUUAAUAAUAUAGAGUACUUCAUAAAAAUAAAUGGUGUAAUUUGCAUUACGUUGAUGCUUGAAUCUAUGUUAGCUACUUAGCUCAGUUUCUAUAAGCUAUACUAUGGACAAAAGAUGCAUUAGCAAGUAGCAACAUGUGUGUGUACCGUACCAUUUAUGAUUUAAGAGGCAAAUAUUGUCUUGGGGAUGGUUGAACUGCCUUCUUUUUAUGAUUUUAUCUCUUACUUGAUGUAUAUAUCUAUAUUAUAUACAUUUCUA